UGUAACCGAAUUUGACACUUUACAAUGUUUAUAGUUAUUUUUAGUUUAAUGUUAAGAUAACUGUUCCAAAUAGUUUACAUUUUUGAGAAAACAAUCGUGGACCCUUUGGAAUUAUCUGCAUUCCUGCACAAAUGGCACUUAAAAAGUGAUCCGAUCAUCUAUGUCACACUAAUGACAUAAUAAAAUAGUUCUGUUUAACAACUUACAGAACAAUACUGCCAUAUUUUUAUUGAAAAAAAAUAAAGUUUAAACAAUCAAGGUCAUUGAAAACUGCAAGCCAUCCAGGCUGUGAGGUAACAAAGCAGCCCCGUACCAUUACACUCCUACGAUGUGUCGUAGCUGGGAUGAAGUUUUGGUGUAGGGUUGCACUGAUUUGUUUUAUCCAAACAUACUUAUCGAAAAGUUCAUCUUUUCUCUCUCAUAUCCACCCAACAUUGUUCCAGCAGUGCUGUGGAACAUCCAGGUGGUCUGUAGUAAAAUUCAGAUGAGCAGCAAUGUUUUUUUCCGGGCAGGUUUCCUCCAUGGCUACCUCCCAUGAACACUUCUCUUUUUUAGUAUUUUUGUAUGGUGGACUCUUUAACAUAGACCUUAUCAAGUGUAAGAGAUGCCUGCAAAUCCUUAGUUGUCGCCCCUGGGCUCUUUGUCACUUGUUUGAGGACUAUACAGCGUGCCUUUGCAUAGCUCUUUCGUAGACAUCCACUCCCAGACAGUAGCAACAGCGCUGAAUUUCUUCCAUUUGUAAACUGUCUGCCGCACUGCAGAGUGAAGGCUUUAGAAAUACCUUUGUAAUCCUUUCCAGUCUCAUGAGUUUCAAGAGCUCUUCUUCUGAGGUCCUCUGAAAUCCCUUUUGAUUGAGCCAUAUUGCAAAAGCAUACUGCUGUGAAGAGCAGGUAAUCGACAUUGUGUGUUUGCUUGUUUUUUAUAGCCUCAAACCAAAUACCUGGAUUGACUGAAAUACCUGAUUCUAAUGACCCUCUUUUGAAGAUGCCUUUGUCCUACAGGAAAACUCGAGGGCUAUGUAAAAAAUACCCAAACAUAUCCGGAACGUUCUCUUAUAUAACAAUAUACAGAAGAUAUAACAUCACUGCUUAUGUUGUUGACACAAGUAAUGACGGAAGGAACUGCACUAAAGCAAUUUUCAGUGGCGAUCCAAAGAAUCUAAUUCGCUGUGCUCCCACAAAGGACGUCCACUUUAGACGAUAUUUGAGACAAUUGGAGAUAACAGCAUCUUGGAAGGAACCAAGUGUUACGUACUAUGUUGUACAGUAUAGAGAACGUAACAGCCUACUUUGGAGCAAAUCAGCAGAGAUAUUAAUAAAGAAGAGCUGGACUCUAGGUAAUCUUACAGCAUCACUAUCAUAUGAGGUACAAAUUCAGUGUGUCACAAACAAUCAGUGUUCUCAGUGCCCAUGGAGUGAAACUUUCCUCAUCCCACCGGAGCUGACUGCCAGACCGGUCAUUGAGAAGCUGGACGUUAUUCCACAAGGAAAGGGAAAACGACUGGUGGUCGUACAGUGGAAGCUGGAUUCCACAGAGGAAGCAGAUGGGUACCAGAUGACAAUAACGAAAGCAUCUGGAGAGCGUACUCAGAGAGUGAACACCACACUUCCUUGGAUAAGGAUAAUACUCUCAGGCUCAGCCUUCAACAUCAGCAUCAUAGCCUUCAAUGGCGCCGGGACCUCCCCCGCAGUCCCGGCCGGCGUUCCCCCGGUAGACGGUAGCGAUUGGGCCGACACGCUGAAUGUCACUUUGGUUAGUGAAACCGGCUUCACCAUCGUGUGGAACAGCAGUCUGACUAAGUCCUUCUGGUGCUACUCCGUGGAGUGGUGGCGAAUGGGCGAGAUCCCCUUGUCUCAUUCAUUUUAUCAGAGGAAGGAGAACUCUGCUACGAUACCCCUGAAAGUGCCUCUGCAGCCCUACAAGAGGUAUACGUUCCUGCUGCACGUCAGGCCGGACAAGGACACCUGCAAUCUGAAGAGCAUUAACAACAGCGAGAGCACCUGCGGCAGGGCUGAGGCCUAUGCCACGGAAGGGACUCCCAUUAGUGCCCCACUGAACAUCACUGCUUUGAGAGUGACCACAAACUCCUUGGUCAUUGAGUGGACUUCCAUCCCAGAGGAAGAUCUCCGUGGAUUCCUACUCGGCUACAAGAUCUACUACAGCGAAGCCAGCCAGGAAAACCGUUCCUCAACUGUUACAGUGGGUCCAAGAGGAAACACGCGUAGGCUGCCCAACCUGAAAGCACGUACAGUUUAUAGCGUCUCAAUAUCAGCUUUCACCGCAGCUGGCGAAGGAGUGCGCAGCAGCCCCGUGUACCUCAAGACCAAGUUGCCAGGUGACUGGAAUGUAAUAGGUGCCACUGUGGGGGUCACCGGAGGAAUAAUAUUUCUCUUUUUAUUGGCUCAUUCGUGCAACCCAUUGUUCCACAGGGCAAAGGCACUGUUCUGGCCCAGCAUCCCUAACCCAGGCAACAGUAACGCCAUUCAGAAAAUAGAUGGCAUAUUUGACCAAGAAGUUCUGGAGCCCAUCAUAGAAGGGACUACAGCCCAGGGGAAGGAGAGCGAUGCAAGCAGUCUGAUCAUCAUAGAAGAUCGAGGGGCUUCAGAGCCCACCAGUGCCAGUAGCCCCCUCCUGCUGCAGGAGGUUGAGGAUCUGUCCCCAGCAGUUCUUCCCAAAGAGGAGAAUGAAGCUUCCAGCAGAGAGUUGAAGCUGAACCUCACGCUAACAACAAAUACCCAUGACUUGAGGAGCACAACUCCGGCGCCCUGUGCGAGUGAUUACACCACCAUGGAACUCUUCCAACAGGCCACAGCCCUGCGAACUGCGAACCAUCCUUCCACAGCACCAGCUGACAUGGACCAGCAGCCGCCACCACUCCUGUUGGUGGUGCAGGCCAGCCAACCGAAGGAUGCUGCUCAGAUUAAAGAGGAAAAGGACUACAUCCAGCAGUCUCUGUGUCCGAACGUUGUCAGGAUUCCACACCAAUGGUAAAGCUAAAGUCUCCAAUUUCUGACAAACUCACAAGUUGAAGGUUUUUUUUCUUAUUUUUUUGUGAAUCACUACAUGCUUUGUGGUAGAAUUGCUCAGCUUGAAGAACAAUUGAUUUCAUUACAUUAGUGAUUUUAACAAUAGGACAACCCUCCUAACAGACAUGCUUGGCUGCUGCAACUUGUUUCAACUCCUAAAAGAAGGCUUCAGUUCUUCAGGAAAUAAGACUGAAAAAUACUGUUAUGUUUAAAUAUUCUGACGUGUAAUAUCAAAAUGAUUAAAGGGAAAUCAAUUAAAGCUUGAAUUUUGUAACAGAUUUUCAGUCUCUGGGUAGAUGUUUUCAUCGCCAAUGUGCACUUUGUUUCUCAGCUUUGUCAGACCACCAGCAAUUGUGUGGUUUAGUCUUAUUUAAAAAGUUUACAGUGCUUUAUAAGCAGAGUAUAUGAUGGAUGGUGACAGAAUUAGGGAAAUAAAGUACACAUGCCCUAAAGCCUGAAAGAGGUGCGUAAUUCCUGCACCCCGUGAAAUAUUCCCAUUUGCAUUAAGAAUGUUCUGCUCAAAUGGUACAAUUUGUUCACAAGCAUUCACAGCUGUAACUCAACUACAUAAAAUGGUGAGGCUAAAACAUUCACCCUCA